UAUAUAUAUAAAGCAUAAAUAUAUUAAAUAUAGAUAAAAGUUUAUAUAUCUUAACUAUGUCAAGGCAUAUUUUUUUCCCUCGCAUAUGUGCAAUCGUUGAGAAAAACGUACGAAUUUGCGUAUGCGCAAACAUUUGAUUCACAGUUGUCAUAAAAUAAAUCUAAAAUUAAAUUUUUAAAAAAUAUGAUUUAUAUCAAAUAUUUAUAUUAAUAAAUUAACUUAUAUAAUUUAAACAAUAAUACGAUAAAUUUGCAUUACAUUUCUACAAAUUCUGUUAAUAAUAUAAUAUAUUUUAUGUAUUUACUUUUUUUAUUUAUAAAUUUACUUAUAAAUUUAUUAUUGCAAAAUAAAAUAGAAACACAAUUGACAACUUUUGUAUAUGUACUUUUCUUAUUACUAUUAAUUAAGUUGUGUAUUUAAAAUAUUGGGGAUUUAUAAUAAAAUAUUGUGCAGCAUUAUUACAUUACAUUAUAACAGCAAUUAGUAAUUUUAAAUAACAUAGUGUAAGAAUAAUCAUAAACAAGGAGAAAAGAAGUCAUAGUCAUCAAUCAGAUCAUUUACAAAAUUCCAUCUUAAAAAUAUCGAUGUUUUUAUCGCAUACUUAUAUAAGAAUAUUUACGCAAUAAACGCAUAAGUAUCCAAUACAUGCUCGCAUACACAUGCAGCAGUGAUUGUGACACGCAGAAAUAAAUCUUGCAAACAAUUUAUCGUGACGGAAAGAUUAAUUUGGACAGACGUUUCUUUUAUAAAAAAGACAAGAAGUUACGAUGCUACUCAUGGAAUUAAUUGGGAUUUUCAUCGUUGUUUUAAUCAUUGUGUAUACUUAUUAUAAGUAUGUGUUGUUUAAUUUCUGGCGCAAAAGAGGUGUUUUUUAUGUCGAGCCUAUUGUGCCAACUGGUAAUAUCGGAGCCUUAGUAACUAAGAAAGUAUCAAUAGGCGGAUUCUUCCACGAUAUCUAUGUAAAAUAUAAGGAGCAUCGUGCUAUUGGAAUAUACACAUUUUUCAAGCCAAAUCUAGUAAUCGCCGAUCCUGAUCUUAUUCGAGAGGUGCUGACAAAGGAAUUCAAAAAUUUCCAUGAUCGCGGAAUGUUUUGCAAUGAUAAGGUUGAUCCAUUGAGCGGUCAUUUGUUUCUACUACCUGGGAAAAAGUGGCGAAAUUUGCGCGUCAAAUUAACACCCACCUUUACUUCAGGAAAAAUAAAGCAAAUGUUUGUAAAUCUGAAGAUGUGCGGCGAAGAAUUCGUAGAAAGCCUAGAAAGCAUUGCUCAGACAGGAGAUUCCAUUGAGAUAAAAGAUUGGUUUGCAAGAUAUACAACGGAUAUAAUUAUGUCAACAGCUUUUGGAGUCAAAUCCAAUUGCAUGAAGGAAGGCGAUAAUGAAUUUCGAUAUUGGGGAAAAAAGAUCCUUGAAGUUCAUCCCUUUUGGAUUGCUUUAUCAGUGUUUACACCUCAAGUUCUAGAUUUUUUUUCCAUUCCUAUCAAUAACCAAGGUGCGACCAAGUUUCUUACGGAAAUAUUUCGGGAUAAUGUGGAAUAUAGGAAAACUCAUAACAUUGUCAAGCAUGAUUUUAUGAAUCUGCUCAUACAACUUAUGGAAAAGGACUACAUUGAACCUGACAACAUGAAAGAUGUUGUCGAUAAAUCCUCAACCAUGAAUAGACUCAUUUUGUUAGAAGCGGUUGCACAAGCUUUUGUCUUUUUUGUCGCUGGCUUCGAAACUUCUUCGACAACAGCAACGUUCUGUUUAUAUGAGUUAGCUCAACAACAAGAUUUGCAGGACAAACUUCGCAAGGAAAUCGAUGAAAUAUUAAAAAAGCAUGGUGAACUGACGUAUAAUGCUGUAAACGAAAUGACAUAUCUUCAUAAAAUAGUAAAUGAGGCAAUGAGAAAAUAUCCGCCUGUACCUAUUUUGAAUCGCAUAUGUACUGAGGAAAUCAAUCUUCCAACAACAAAUAUUCACAUAUCUAAAGGGAUGUUAAUCACUAUACCAUUACUCGGAUUACAUCGCGAUCCGUCGAUAUACCCAGAUCCCGAUAGAUUUGAUCCUGAAAGAUUUAACGAGGAUAAAAUAGCAGCCAGACAUCCUUAUGCUUAUUUGCCAUUUGGAGAAGGACCACGAAUCUGUAUUGGUUCGAGAUUUGCUUACAUGCAAACCAAAGUUGGACUCAUAAGUCUUUUAUCAAAGUUCAAAUUCAAAGUUGAUCCGCGAACUUCGACCCCGUUAAUUUUCGAUCAAAAUACGUUCAUACUUACGGUCAAAGGCGGUAUAUAUCUUAUUAUCGAACCACGAUAAAAAAAGUAAUAAAACUUUUAAAUAUUUCUUAUUUCUUAUAGCUUAUUUGUCUCAAAAAUAUCUUGUACGUAUCACUAUUGCAAUUUUGCUUUUUGUAUUAUAUUUGAUUCUUGUUAUUUUCACACUAUCAAAAGAAGAUAUUUGGGUGCACAUAUAUAUAGAUAACAUUAAAAUUUUUAUGAGUAAUUCUUAAGAAUUAUUUUUAAAAUAAUAAUUAUAUGUGUGUGUGUGU